AUGCAGAUUGAUGCCUGGAAGUUUACCUUUCCGGCGGUAGGGAUAAUUAUAAACAACCGCUUAGAUGUAAGAAUCCAGUUUCUCCUCAAGGAGAUCUAUCUGUCCUUCAGCUACCGGGGUUCAUCGCUCUACACAUUCUACCUUGAUCAGCUGGGCCAGCCAUACGUCGAAAAACAACACCUAGCCAAGGCCGAGGAUCUAUUCUGUCUGAUACUCGAGAAACUCGAGAUGAAAAAAGAUCGGUUGAGCAAGGAAGGGCAAGAGCUGCUGUCUGGGGUGUAUUACUGCUAUGGGUUCAUCCUGAAACGCUCCCAGCGGCUUUCGAUGGCGCGCCGAAUGUUUCAAUUGUCCCUCGAGGGCAGCAACUCCGAAAAUACAUCAGGUCAUAUCGUAAAAUAUGAGGAAUCGAACAGCCGACGCAGGACACACACUCGGACAUAUCUACUAGGUCUAAGCGCGAUGGAAAAGUUGGAGGGGAGGGGAACUUUCCUCUGGGCAAUUCUUAUAGUAUUCCACAGCGGGAUGGGGUUCCUGCUCUAUCUCGACGAAGACUCCAUGAAGAGCACCCUGCUGAACGGACUGCUGCUCUUUCCGAGGCCAAUGCUGUUCUUUUCCCUAUUGGCCUUGCAUUUGCUGCAACGGUGGAAAACCUUGGUGCUGUGGAUUGUCGGACAUGUUUGUUUUCAGGUGUAUUACUCGUCGACGCCAUCCACACUGGACUGGGUGGCGUAUAUCUGCGGAACAUUUGGAGAGAUGCUCUGUCUUGUAGUCUUGAUGCCUCUGCUAUUGUAUGAAGGCCUCUAUUAA